AGAAGAAGAAAGCGGAAGUGACGUCACACGCCGUGCGUCAACAAGAUGGCGGCGCAGACGGAGGUGGCGGCGAUGGAGGCGCCGCUGGAGGCGGAGCUGGAGGCGGAGCUGGACCUGGAGGGGGCGGAGCUGGAGGAAGUGGAUGUGCACAUCCAGGAGAACCUGGAGGACGCCCUGGUGCAGGAGGCGCUGCAGACCGGCGUGGACCUGCGCCAGUAUUCCCGGCAGGUGGAGCUGGAACUUCAGGAAGUGGAAAGAGCCUCGAUCCAGGAUUACAUCCGGGAGAGCGAGAACAUCGCGGAGCUGCACAACCAGAUCAGCGCCUGCGACGCCAUCCUUGAGCGCAUGGAGCAGAUGCUGGGCUCAUUCCAGAGCUCUCUGAGCUCGCUGAGCUGGGAGAUCCGAGCGCUGCAGGGCCAGGCCGGGGCCAUGAACCUGCGGCUGCGGAACCGGCGCCAGGUCAGGGAGAGGCUCGGGGGACUCCUGGACGAGCUGGUGGUGCCCCCUGAGAUGAUCAGCGUGAUCCUGGAGUCUCCAGUGACAUCCCCGGAGUUCCUGGCGCAGCUUCGGGCGCUGGACGCGCAGUUGGGCGCGGUGAAGGCUCAGGCGUUCCGGGACACGCUCGCCUGCGCCGACGUCCAGCACGUCCUCGACCGCCUGCGCAUCAAGGCCGUGACGAAAAUCCGGGAAUUUGUUCUCCAGAAGAUUUAUUCCUUCCGGAAGCCGAUGACGAAUUAUCAGAUCCCACAGAAUUCCCUGCUCAAGUACAAGUUUUUUUACCAAUUCCUGCUGGGCCACGAGCGAGCGGCGGCGCAGGAGCUGCGGGAACAAUACGUGGACACCAUGAGCAGAAUCCACUUCUCCUACUUCAAAUCCUACACUGGGCGCCUCAUGAAGAUCCAGUACGAGGAAGUGGCCGACAAGGACGAUCUCAUGGGCGUGGAGGACACGGCUCGCAAAGGUUUCUUUUCCAAGCCUUCGCUCCGGAGCAGGAACACCGUGUUCACCCUCGGAAACCGCGGCGCCGUCAUCGGCCCCGCCGAGCUGGAGGCGCCCAUCAUCGUCCCCCACGCCGCCCAGAGGGGCGAGCAGAGGUAUCCCUUUGAGUCCCUUUUCCGGAGCCAGCACUACGCCCUGUUGGACACCAGCUGCCGCGAGUUCUCCUUCCUCACCGAGUUCUUCCUCGUGGCCGGAGCGGCCGCUCAGGAAUUGUUCAACUCCGUCAUGGGAAAAACUCUUGGAAUGUUCCAGAAGCACAUGGAGAGUUACGUCUCCGACUGUUACGACGCCAUCGCCGUCUUCCUCUGCAUCCACCUGGCGCUGAGAUUCCGAUCCCUCAUGGCCAAGAGAAACGUCCCGGCCGUGGAUGGGUACUGGGGGUGGCUGCUGGAGCUGCUGUGGCCGCGUUUUGAGCUGAUCCUGGAGCUUCACAUCCAGAGCGUGCAGGGAACCGACCCCCAGCGCCUCGGGGGGUUGGACACGCGCCCGCACUACAUCACGCGGCGCUACGCCGAGUUCUCCUCCGCCAUCGUCAGCAUCAACCAAACCCUGCCCAGCGAGAGGAGCGACGCCCUCCUGGCACGGCUACAGCUGGAAGUUGAGAACCUGGUGCUGCGGGCGGCGGCCGAGUUCCCCUCGCGCCGGGAGCAGCUCAUCUUCCUCAUCAACAACUACGACAUGAUGCUGGCCGUGCUCAUGGAGCGGGCGGUGGAGGAGAGCAAAGAGGCCGAGGGGUUCCAGCAGCUUCUCUCGGCACGGACCCAGGAGUUCGUGGAGGAGCUGCUGGCGCCGCCCUUCGGGGGCCUGGUUGGGUUCGUGCGCGAGGCCGAGGCGCUGCUGGAGAGAGGAGAGGGAGAGAAACUGAGAGGACACGAAGCGCGGGUGACGCAGCUGAUCCGGGGAUUCUCCGGGAGCUGGAAAAGCGCGGUGGAGACGCUGAGCCAGGACGUGAUGAGAUCCUUCAGCAACUUCCGAAUCGGCACCGGAAUCAUCCAGGCGGCGCUGACGCAGCUGAUCCAGGUCUAUCACCGCUUCCAGAAGAUUCUGGAGCAGCCCCCGCUGCGGGCGCUGCCGGCCCGAGCCGACCUCAUCAACAUCCACCACCUGAUGGUGGAGCUGAAGAAACACAAACCCAAUUUCUAGGGAAUUCUGCCCCAAAAUCCCGGGAAUUCAGCAUUCCCAGACCUCAAAUCUGCCCGGAAUCGCCGGGGUUUUUUUUUCCCGUGAAAUUCCCAUUUUUCUCCCCAAAAUUCCCAUUUUUCCCCCUCCAAAAUUCCCAUUUUUCCCUCCCAAAAUUCCUGCUUUUUUCUCCCAAAAUUCCCAUUUCUACCUCCCAAAAUUCCCAUUAUUUUCCCCCCAAAAUUCCUGCUUUUUUCUCCCAAAUUUCCCAUUUUUCCCUCCUGAAAUUCCCAUUUUUCCUUCACUAAAUUCCCAUUUUUCCUCCCAAAAUUCCCAUUUUUCCCCCACAAAAUUCCCAUUUUUCCCCCACAAAAUUCCCAUUUUUCCCUCCCAAAAUUCCCAUUUUUUCUUCCCAAAAUUCCCAUUUUUCUCCCCAAAAUUCCUGCUUUUUUCUCCCAAAAUUCCCAUUUUUUCCCCCUGAAAUUCCCAUUUUUCCCUCCCAAAAUUCCCAUUUUUUCCCCCUGAAAUUCCCAUUUUUCCCUCCCCAAAAUUCCUGCUUUUUUCUCCCAAAAUUCUCAUUUCUAUCUCCCAAAAUUCCCAUUAUUUUCCCCCCAAAAUUCCUGCUUUUUUUCUCCCAAAAUUCCCAUUUUUCCCUCCUGAAAUUCCCAUUUUCCCCCACGAAAUUCCCAUUUUUCCCCCCCAAAAUUCCCGUUUUUUCCCCACAAAAUUCCCAUUUUUCCCUCCCAAAAUUCCCAUUUUUUUCCCCUCACAAAAUUCCCGAUUUCUCUUCUGAAAUUUUCAUUUUUCCCUCCCAAAAUUCCCAUUUUUCCCUCCAAAAAUUCCUGGUUUUCUCUCCUGAAAUUUUCAUUUUUCACCCCCAAAAUUCCCAUUUUUCCCCUCACAAAAUUCUCAUUUUUUCCCCAAAAAUUCACUUUUUUCUCUCAAAAUUCCCACUUUUUCCCUCAUGAAAUUCCCAUUUUCCCCUCCCAAAAUUCCCAUUUUUCCCCCACAAA